AUGGAAGGCCAGGCGGCACCUCAGGUGGUGAAGAAGCUGAUUGAGGAGAAUGGUGACCCCACGGAGGAGUACGUGAGUAUCAUCACCCAAAUCUUCAAGCGAUUCGAUCGCGAUGAGGACGGUAUCUUGAAUCUGCGCGAAUUCAACGGCAUGCUGCACGCCAGCGGCGAGGAAGCGACCGACAAGCACACCUACGGCGGACUCCUCAUGAUGUUCGAAGAUGUCGAUGAUGACAAGGUCGGCCGGCGACCAACGGGGGUCUCCCUCAAGGGCUUCAUCCAGAUGAGCGUCCUAUCGACCGUCGAGGAUCCGGAGGGAGAGCGAGAGCAGCUGAAGAAGCUCGGGUUCGACCUGCCGCGGGAGGCCUUCCCGGAGCCGCCCACGCCGGCUGACUCUGAUGACGAGGACCUCGAAGACGACGAUGGCUCCAAGGGCGAGGACGACGACCAGAUGCUCGAGGUCAUCAAGAAGAUCGCCGCCCGAGCCAAGGAAGAGGAGGAGAAGAGGAAGAAGGACAAGCAGGCCAAGAAGUGA